AUGGUGUCGCACAGCCUGGUUACCAGGAUUUUGGCGAUGACAGCUGUGUUCCCUCCUAUGGGCAUCCUAAAAGACAUAUUAUUCAGUGAGGUGUUGACGCCAUACGGGCCUAACCCGACAAAGUACUCAAGAAAAACCGAUGUUGGCUGUGCCCCCGAACCAUGA